AUGCAUUCCGAUCAGCGCAAGCCUUCAGGCCAGUCGCAACGACGGUCAUCACUACGUUCAACGCGAUCAGGAACGGCUGCGCAAGCUUCAAUGCAUCAAUCCGAGCUCUCAGCUGGACAGCAAAGUGCAGCACAGGUCCGUGAUGAUUCGCAACAUCAUGCACCGACGGGCACAUCUAUAACGUCGGACACAUCGAAAUGGUGGCAUGUACACCUGUUCCGUGGAAUGGUCAACGACGUGAAGCGCAGAGCGCCUUACUACUGGAGUGAUUGGACCGAUGCAUGGGACUAUCGCGUUGUCCCUGCGACGAUUUACAUGUACUUCGCUAAUAUUCUACCUGCUCUGGCUUUCUCGUUGGAUAUGUUCGAGAAAACCAGCCAAAGCUAUGGAGUCAAUGAAGUUCUUCUUGCUUCGGUUCUUGGUGCUAUCGUUUUUGCCCUUUUUGCGGCCCAGCCACUUGUUAUUGUUGGUGUGACUGGUGAGUACUGGUUUCCCAUUUCAGUAAAUACAGAACUGAUGAAUAUAGGUCCCAUCACUGUAUUCAACUAUACUGUCUACGAUAUCAUUGCUCCUCGGGGCACGCCUUAUCUUGCUUUCAUGUGCUGGAUUGGAAUCUGGUCUCUGAUCAUGCACUGGGUCUUGGCAAUUACCAAUUCCUGCAACGGACUCACUUAUGUCACGCGGUUCUCGUGCGACAUUUUUGGCUUCUAUGUUGCUUGCAUCUACCUCCAAAAGGGUAUUCAAGUUCUCACCAGACAAUGGGACUCUGUGGGCGAGACAUCUGCGUAUUUGGCCAUCAUGGUUGCCCUGCUUGUCUUGAUGUGUGCUUGGAUAUGUGGUGAGUUGGGCAACAGCAAUUUCUUUAAGCGGUUCGUUCGCAAGUUCCUAGAGGACUAUGGUACACCCUUGACCAUCAUCUUCUUUACUGGAUUUGUCCACAUUGGGCACAUGAGAGACGUCGACGUUGCUGUACUUCCUACCAGCAAAGCUUUCUUCCCAACUCUUGAUCGGUCUUGGCUGGUUCGUUUCUGGGAUAUCGAUGUUGGAGAUAUCUUCCUUGCUAUUCCAUUUGCACUUCUUCUCACCAUUCUCUUCUACUUCGAUCACAAUGUUUCCUCUCUGAUAGCUCAAGGAACUGAGUUCCCUCUUCGGAAGCCGGCUGGAUUCCAUUGGGAUAUCUGGCUCCUUGGACUGACUACGUUCGUGGCGGGUAUCUUGGGAAUUCCCUUCCCAAAUGGUCUCAUCCCCCAAGCUCCAUUCCACACGGCUGCACUCUGUGUCACUCGCCAAGUCGCAGAUGAAGACGACACGAACAAGGGCAAAGCCAUCAGAGUGACAGACCACGUAGUGGAGCAGCGAGUCAGCAACUUCGCACAGGGUCUAUUGACCCUAGGCACAAUGAGUGGUCCACUUCUCAUCGUCCUUCAUCUCAUUCCGCAGGGCGUCAUGGCGGGUCUCUUCUUUGUGAUGGGAGUGCAAGCCCUCCAAGGCAACGGCAUAACCCAGAAGCUGAUGUUCCUCGCCCAAGACAAGAAAUUGACACCUGCCUCUGACCCUCUCAAGCGAAUUGAGCGCCGGGCUGCAAUCUGGGCAUUCGUCAUUCUUGAAUUGGUUGGUUUCGGCGCGACUUUCGCCAUCACCCAAACUAUUGCGGCUAUUGGAUUCCCUGUCAUUAUUCUACUCUUGAUCCCUGUGCGAUCCUUCCUUCUGCCGAAAUGGUUCACCCGAGAGGAACUGGCUGCACUGGAUGGGCCGACCGCUAGUCCAUUCACCAUGGAGAGCGUCGGGGGUACACAUGGAAUGGAUGAUCACGAGGCGGUGGCCAGUGGAGCCCAGGAGAACUCACGCGGGGGUGAUGGGGUAUUGCGAAGUAGAAACUCCACCUCGUCUGAAUCUGCAGCUGAGGAUCUCGAGCGUGGUGAGUCGUAUGAGCUUGCUUCUCGGGCGCAGCACAGAAGAAGUACAACUACCGGAACCGACUAG